AUGGAUGGUGCAACCACAGCAGUGGACGUGUGGGCUGCUGGGGUAGUACUACUUACCCUGCUGUGCCGCACGACACAGUUCCAGUGGUUCCGGCCUAACGAUCUUUGUGUAACUUGCUCGCGCAUGUACAUCAAGAGCAUGGAUGCUGUGUGGAAGCACAACUAUGGGUAUACGGGUCAGUACAGAGAUAAGAUCAGAGAUGUUAUCGAAGAUUUCAAGCUCGACGUUGAAGUAAAAUUGUUGUCGUCGGCGUUGUUGUAUCAUGAGGAUGAGGAUGAGGGUGAUAUGGAGGCGGGAAGUCUGAGUUUGCUAACUUGAUGUCAUUGGCAGUUCGGACCAUUGGAACUUCAUCUCAGCUAUGCCCGCGGGUUGAAGCAAACAUGGCG